AUGCUGUGGCAUUCAGUUACUGGAUGUGCACAAGGUGUAAAGACACCACCAACGAUCUUCUGCAGUAACGGAGGAGAUGAAAAUUACCUCGGUCGGAUGAACUUGGAAGAAGUCAAUCCUAUCUUAACGGCAUGGGCAUCAGAAUAUGUGUCACCUGGAAGCAAAUUUGUAGCUUGCCGUUCGGAUCCUUGUAAGAACGGUGGCAUCCCAGAAACAGGAGAAGACGGAAUUCAAAGAUGUCGGUGUCCAAAACAUUACGCAGGAAAAUACUGCCAAUAUUGUAGUUUCUAUUUAGAAAGUAGAGAGCCAUUGAUAAUGGGCCUUGUAAAGUACUCAAGCGAUAGGACUCGCUUCAUGUUGAGAAUACGCGGCGAGAAUGGGCAUCUCCUUGCGUUUGUUGGUGUGGCCAACAAGAUGGAAGCCCUGAUCUAUAUCCAAUUCUGCUAUCAGAGGCGGGUACUGGUCGUGGAACAAGAUCAUGGUGGAGUACAUACGGUACAUACGAGUCCAGUGCUGAGACAACUUCAUUGCGGAACAUCUGAAUACGACUCAUUUUGGAUUGACCACUCGGAGGGAUACUUUCAAAUAGGUUUCCAGGGAAAUUCAACCCCCUUUAUGAAGGUGCGUCCGAAAGUGCAGGUGAAGAUCAGAAGCAUUGAGCUGAAAGUAGUUUUGCCUCCUGGUGCUCACUGGAUGAUUGAACUACCGUGUGACUAUCUGGUUCUGAAGCGCAAACGUGCAACUUAGCUAGAGAAUGCGAAAAAAGGGAUUCAGCAUAUUCUCUUUCGAUCCUUUGAGCCUGAAGAGAGAGGAUAACUUUAUUAAAAUAAAAAAAAAACAUUUUAAAGGGGCACAGUCUCCUUUUUAAUUACUCCGGUCUCCAUAUUUUGAUAGAUGGAUUAUAUUGCGCUACUCAUUUUGAGUGCGUUAAAAACAAAUUUCAUGUAAAUAUUUUAACUUCAAAAGGCCAGGAGAGCAUUUCAUCAACAUUUAUUUUCGACAAGUUGGCGGAUACGACAGCUUUCUAUGAUUUUUAUUGCCCUAUAUCCCGGGGACCACUUGCAUUGACGAGUAAAUACCAUGCGCGACCAAAAGAACACGUAAAAAAGGAUGUAUCUUUUAAGGUAGGGCACGUUACGUAAGGGUGUCAAAAACACUAAAAAUAAUGAAAAAAGGGUAUCUAUUUUCGAUUGGAAAGCUACGUGUUAAGGGUAAAAUUAGCGAGGGUAUAAAUAAUCAAGACUAAAAUGUUUUAUAAAAGGUGUACAUUUUGCCCUAAGAGUGAACACUAAUACGAUUUGCGCGAGUGGGGAUGUACUAAACCCAAUGAUGAUGGUAAAGUUAAAACCGACGUCCGCGACAUAACAAUUGAAAUAUCGCUGUACUUGUUUAGGGGCUCAAUUCUGGGAA